AUGUCAAAAUCAAAGACAAGACGAGAAAUUGUUGGUAAGAGUGAUAUUCAGAGUGUAACUGAUUCACUUCAUAUCCAUUCCCCAUUAAACAAUGAAUAUCAGCUGAUUUCAACACAAGAAACUACAGCGGAUAAUUAUGAACUCAAUGAUAAUCAAGUAAAGAAACGACAUCGUUUACGUAUGAAAAAAGAUGCUCGACAAAAGAAUAUUGGAACAAGAUUAUUAAACAGACAAGUAUCAACUUAUGCCAGAUGCGAUCUAUUUCAAGCUGCUAGAGAUGGACAUAUUGAUCAAUUGAAAUUAUUACAGGAAAAUAACUAUGCUAAUCGUAAAUUAUUUUUCAAUGAACAAGAUGAAGCAAAAUUAACGGCACUGCAUUAUGCAGCAAGAUAUUAUCAUUUUAAUGUAUGCAAAUAUUUAAUCGAAGAUUGUCAAGCUGAUGUCAACAGUCAUGGAGAAAAUGGUGCAACCCCCUUACACUGGGCCUCUCGAUUUAAAUUUGAGAAAGACAAUCAAAAUGAUUCGUACGAUAAAGUAAUUCCAUAUUUAAUUCAAAAAGGUGCUAAUGUUAACACACGUGAUGAUUGUUAUUCAACACCGCUGCAUUAUGCUUGUGAGAGCAAUAAUCGUCGUUGUGCUGAAUUGUUACUUGAAAAUUAUGCAGAUAUUGAAGUAGAGUAUCCUUAA